AUGAUGUCCCUGGCACUUUUCACAAUUUGUCUUAUAUCCCAGAUGCAUGGAAGUGAGGCUGUUGGUGGGCAAUGCAAAACUUCAGAGAGAUCAGUACCCGGUAAAGCUCUCAAGGGUCACACCUUCAGAGAGUUUGCUGCGAGGGCCAUUGUUGAGUGCCAGAACACUUGCGAAAGAGACCCCAGGUGUGCGAGUUACAAUUUUUACAUUCCGGGCAAAGUGUGUGAGCUUAACAGCCAUACCAAGGAGGAGAAGCCUGAUCAUUUUGUGACGGAUGAACUGAGAUUCUACAUGAAACGUGAAGGUAUGAACUACAUAAAACUUUCUACACCAAACACACUCUCAAUUGGAUCCCUCUUUUCUCCUUAUAAGUUUGUCCAGCUGGCGGGGCUAAACUUAAGUGCAAUACCGGGCCGAGUUUUCACGAGGUUUUUGCGAGAUACGCAAUUCCAAACGAAAUCAGUUGGAUUACUCAUGAGCCGAUUUAACGUAGUAUAUCGAAAGAAAGUCGUCCUUGUAUUCUGCGGAUCGAUAGCGUACUUGAUUAAGAAAUAACUCACAUUUUCCUUAUGCUGUCUGAUUUAUAUCAUUAGAUGAAGAUGAGUGCUUGAAGACGCCACCAGUUUGUGACGUCAACGCAAACUGCAAGAACACGCUUGGCUCCUACCUUUGUUCUUGUAAAGAGGGUUUUACGGGUGACGGUAAUACCUGUCAAGGUAAAUGAUCAUAAAAACAUUGAUUGAACGAAAACGUUAGGGACAAGUAUGACCUUUUUAUUGCCAUUAUUUGAAAUGGUUUGCUGAGUCGGCGCAGGAACGCAGUGGUAUCACCUUUUUGUUCUCUGUUAUUUUAUCUUCCACAAUUGAGGCUAGUGUCAAAAGAAAUAACCAUUAACAACUGCGCUUUUCUCUGUCGCUGUCGCAGUUUCGUCGUUUGUCGCUAUUUUGUUGUCCUCUGUCGCUUUUUUAAGGCCAUUUCGCUUCAGUGUCGAAAUUAAGCCUAACAGGGCCUCAAUAAAGUGGCCAAAACAAGUGUAAUCGGAGACGCACCUAAGGGUGGGGCUGCACAAAACGCCACUGUUGUAUGGGCCUGAUUACCCUGCAAGCAGAGGCCCUUCGAUCUUCCUAGUUUUUGUAUGAGCCUAAUAACACUGCAUUGCCAGAAAAAUGCGCACGGACAAGUGGUUAAAACCUAUUUCUUGCCACUUUCAUUUAGUCUCUAGCUAGCCUAAAUUAUAUGUGUUUUCCUGGCCUAAGUAAGAGUAAGUUAGCAAUACAAGUACGAAUCUACCGCAAACCACGCUAAGCACUCAGACUGAGCUCUGUCGCGAUAAUUAAGUGUGCGUUUUCAUGGUAAGUUAAACGAUAGAACUUAAUAGAGCUUAGAGUGCGAACUUCAAAUCGAGAGUCGAACUCGAACUGGAAUGCUGCGAAAAGGAUUAGGUAACUAUUUGUGCGUUUUCAUAUUAAGGAUCUCUUCGAUAAAACUUAAAGGGAGAAAUCGAACGAAGCGGACUCAAAAGGGGGGAAACCGGCAGAUUCCUUUAUGUUCAUCCAGAGAUUAAUAAAGGAGGUAUACAGAGGAAACACAUUUCCUUUUUGGGGGUAGGUAGCGAAGGACAUAACGAACAAACCAUCAGUUUUUCCAUAAAAUGGUGUGUCUUCUUGCUUAGCCACCUUUAUUGUCGCACACAGUCAAAGAAAACUGUACUUUAUCAUCAAAAUGAUUUUCUACGAAAGAUUUUAACAGACGAUUGA